AUGGACUUUACCACAAAAAGGAGCUAUAAGAAGGUCGAUAUCGAGCCUUUUUACAUUGGUUCUGCCAAUGCGACUAUUUCUGGAGACGGCGUGGUUCUGGCGACUGCAGUUCUUGAAGAUAUAGUUGUCAUCAAUAGAGAGACAGACGAAGUUGUGCACCAGAUCCAAGGAGACGGAGACCUCGUGACCACGUUGCAACUAACUCCCGAUGGCAAAUACCUAGCCAUAGUGUCUCAAUCACAGCAGCUCAAGGUGUUCGAUCUCCAGGAAAGCAGAUUCAUCAAGACUUUCAGACUUCCGGCAGCAUCGUAUAUCUCUACGGUGGACCCUACAUCGUCCUUAUUUGCGUUUGGACUUACCGACGGCAGUGUCAUUGUAUGGGAUAUAGAGGGGUCAUUUAUUACGCACAACUUCAAGGGCCAUCCAUCGACGGUUUCUUCUCUUCGUUUUUAUGGAAAACUCGACUCUAAAGAUUGGAAGCUGGCCAGUGGAGAUAUUCUGGGAACAGUGAAAAUAUGGGACCUGGUGAAGCGCAAAUGUGUGCGAACGAUGAAGGAGCAUACAGCUACCGUUAGAGGGGUCUCGUUCAACGACAGCGGCGAACUCUUUAUCAGCAGUGGAAGAGACAGAGUGAUGAUAGUGUAUAAUACGAGGACGUGGAAGGAGGUGAAGACCAUUCCUGUCUCCCAUUCUGUCGAGGCCUGCGGAUUUGUUGAGUUCCGUGACAAGGAGCUGCUUUACACGGCGGGAGAAGCAGGCCUUUUAAAAGUCUGGGACCUGGAUUCUGAAAAAUUGGUUGCAACCAGCAAGAAACCACUCGAUACCACAGAAGAGCUUAACAUCAUGGACGUUCUGCAUCUUGACAAAGGAAUAGACUCUUUGCUGUUGGUUUUCUCAGACCAGACAAUUGCGGAGAUUGAUCUGGAGGCGCAAAACGGCGUAUUCCAAACUUUGCGAGUGAUGGCCGGUAAUCACGGUACGAUCGCUGACAUGCGCUAUGUUGGUCCUAAUUUUGACCAGCUUGCUUUGGCAACGAACUCUCCGGCGUUGCGGAUCGUCGAUGUUGCGAACAAGCCGCUGGAUGUCACGCUGUGCGAGGCGCACACAGAUCUGCUGAAUGCUGUGGACUCGACCGUUGACGGCCUCUGGCUGGCUACCGCUGCUAAGGACAAUACUGCACGGCUUUGGAGAUACGAUGAGGAGCGGAGAUUUGUGUGCGUUGCUGUCUUCGAAGGCCACAUCUCGUCGGUCACCGCUGUUGCGCUGCCUAGGACGCCCGUCAAGGAUUAUCCUCGCUUCCUCAUAACGGCGGCCGAAGAUCUGACGAUAAAAAAAUGGACGAUCCCUAGACCAGGACACGAGGUGAUGCAUGUGAGGAGUUCGGACUACACCAGAAGAGCGCACGACAAGAUGAUCCACUCCAUCGAUAUCAGCCCGAACGACGAUUUCUUGGCGACCGCGAGCCACGACAAAAUGGCCAAAAUUUGGGACUUGGAGGCUGGCGAGACUGUCGGAGUCCUGAAGGGCCACAAGCGACCAGUUUACGACAUCAGUUUCUGUGCCUACGACAGACUGGUCGUGACCGGGUCUGGGGACCAGACGGCCAAAGUGUGGUCGUUAGAGGAUCUUACGUGUAUCAAGACUUUCCAGGGCCCGGCCAAUGCUAUUCAGCGAGUUGCUUUCCUGGCCAGAAAUCACUUUGUUGUUGGAGCUGGAGCAGACGGUUUAAUCAAGAUCUGGGAGAUCUCCAGCGGAGAUUGCGUGCAGACGCUCGACAACCACGACAACAGGAUAUGGGCGCUGUGUAUCAAAGACGACGGCCGCGAGUUUGUGUCUGCUGACGCUGACGGAGCAAUCACCCUAUGGAUAGACAACACCGAGGAGGUGCAGCAGCUGGAGGCAGAGGAGCGCAAGUUGAAGGUCGAGCAGGAACAGUCGCUGCAGAACUACAUCACCAACAGAGACUGGGUGAACGCGUUCAAGCUGGCGUUGACUCUGAACCACCCUAUGAGACUGUACAACGUUCUUCUGGCGAGUAUAGCAGAGGGCGACGAGGGGUCUGUCAUUGGAUCGUUUGGCAUCGAGAGUGUGAUUUCCGAGCUGGAGCAGGACCAGAUAUUGCUACUUUUCAAAAGGGUCCGGGACUGGAACACCAACUCGCGCCAUUUCGAGGUGGCACAGAAGCUGAUCAAGGCUAUAUUGACAAACUAUUCCAACGAGAAGCUGUUUGAGAUGCCUGGGCUGAUGGGGUACAUUGACGCCAUUUUGCCCUACAGCGAGAGACACUAUAGCCGGUUGGACGAUCUGGUUGAGCAAAGUUUCAUUUUGGACUAUGUUGUUCAGCAGAUGGACGAAGUGGUGUAA